CUCUCCGCUUUCUCCUUAUAAACUUUCGAUGUGUUUCUCUCUUUCUCUCUUCAAAGUUUUGUUUUGUAUAUAAAAUUUUGCAAUCGGUUUGGUAACUGAAUUUGCAUUUGGUAAUAUAAUUAACAAUUGAAAAAAAAAAGAAAAAAAAGGGUGGGGAGGCAUAGCCAGAUAAUGAACCUGCCCUCUGUUCUUAAUCUCAUUGUGCCUCCCCUCAGAUCUUAAGAUUUGCCAUCUGGGUCGUCUUCAAUCGGAGUGCUUACUUCUUCCUUGAUUCACUGCUUGAUGUUGAUGAAGGAUCCGAUGUUUCCUAACUGAAUCCGACAAUAUCUAUUUUUGCAUCGUUAAUACAGUCUCUGAGUUUGUCAUAAUUUAAGAUAAAAUGCAAUCAGAUAAUGGCAAGUUAUUUAUCGGUGGAAUAUCAUGGGACACAAAUGAAGAGCGACUCAGGGAGUAUUUCACUACGUAUGGGGAGGUUGUGGAAGCAGUGAUAAUGAAGGAUCGGACAACUGGUAGAGCUCGUGGAUUUGGUUUUGUUGUUUUCUCAGACCCAGCUGUUGCAGAAAUAGUCAUAAAAGAGAAACACAACAUUGAUGGAAGGAUGGUCGAGGCAAAGAAAGCUGUUCCUAGGGAUGAUCAGAACAUACUGAAUAGAAGCAGUGGCAGCAUCCAUGGUUCUCCUGGCCCAGGUCGCACUAGAAAGAUAUUUGUUGGAGGUUUAGCUUCAACAGUGACAGAGAAUGAUUUCAAGAAGUACUUUGAGCAGUUUGGGAUUAUAACAGAUGUUGUAGUUAUGUAUGAUCACAACACUCAGAGGCCAAGAGGAUUUGGAUUUAUCACUUACGAUUCUGAGGAGGCAGUUGACAAGGUCUUACUUAAAACAUUUCAUGAAUUGAAUGGUAAAAUGGUUGAGGUCAAGCGGGCAGUUCCUAAGGAGUUAUCGCCCGGACCAAGCCGUACCCCACUUGGUGGAUAUAACUAUGGUCUUACUAGAGUCAAUAGUUUCUUAAAUGGCUUCACUCAGGGGUAUACUCCUAGUACUGUUGGAGGCUACGGACUUCGAGCAGAUGGUAGAUUCAGUCCAGUUGCUGGUGGGCGAAGUGGAUUUGCUCCAUUUGGAUCUGGUUAUGGGAUGAGUAUGAAUUUUGAGCCUAGUUUGAAUGCUGCAUUUGGAGGGAAUGCAAAUUUCAAUAACAAUCUUAGUUGUGGUCGGGGAGUGAAUCCUUAUUUUAUUGGCAGCUCCAAUAGGUUUGGCAGUCCUGUUGGAUAUGACAGUGGCAAUGGAGGAAACAAUUCUUUCUUCAGUUCUGUGACUCGAAAUUUGUGGGGUAAUGGCGGCCUUAACUAUGGAACGAAUUCUACAAAUUCCAAUGCAUUCAUUGGAUCAGGGAGUGGGAGUGUUGGAGGAAACACAUUUGGCAAUACUGGAGUCAACUGGGGUUCUUCAGCAAUUUCUGGGCAUGGUGGAGGGAACAAUAUCUCUCAAAGUAGUGGCAACCUUGGAUAUGGAAGUGGUGACAACAGUUAUGGUUUGGGGACUGGAGGGUAUGGAAGAAGCACUGGUACCACUUUUGCACCAACAUCUUCAUACUCUGCAUCAAAUGGUGGUGUUGAUGGGGCUUUUGCUGAUUUUUACAAUAAUAGUUCAGUUUAUGGGGACCCCACUUGGCGAUCUUCAAAUUCUGAGAGGGAUGUAUCUGGUCCCUUUGGUUAUGGACUUGGUGGUGCAGCUUCAGAUGUUUCUGCCAAGAGUUCUCCAGGUUAUGUUGGUGGUUAUACUGUUAAUAAGAGGCAGCCAAAUAGAGGAAUUGCUACAUAGGAAGAUCAUUUUGAUGACACGAACUUGUAGGUGAAGAUAAUCCAGUGAAGCAGGUGAAUUGUGAAUUUUGCACACCACUGUUGUUACUGUAUUUCGGUUUAAGUCGUAAGAUGUUUGGUUAUCUAGAGCUAACUGGAGUGCCUGUUUUGAGGAUUCAGAUAUAGAGAUAGAAGUUACAAUGGAAUGUUAAGGCUUGAGUUUUUUGGGUUACUGUUUAGGUUUUGGGAUUUGAGUGAGAUGUAAAAUCUGAUUGCGGGAUAUAGCGGAAGUGUAUCAUGCAUCACUUGUGAGGCAGCAAUAUAAAAAGAUGGACAGCAUUUCUUUUUUCCUUUUUUUGGGGGGUUAGAUUUUUGCCUGUAAUGUCUUGCAAAGUUGUGGGUUAUUCUCAGGAAUUGUUUGUUUCUUCAUCAAUCAUUUUGGUUUGCUUUUAGCAGAUUGUAUCUGAGGUUUUUGUUUAUUACUAGUGUGAAACAUUGAAGGGAUACCCGUCUAGGGUCCCAUGAAUAAGUUACCGAUAUGUUCUGAUUCUUUUUUCUAAAGGGGAAUAUCUUAAUGCUACAAAUUCAAACUUCAUGUGUGACAAAUGGAUUUAUUUUUCCCCAUUUUCCUAUUUUC